CCGGAGUUUGACACCUGCUUCCGUUACACAGGGGAAGUGUGGUUGGCUCGCCAGAGGACGGCUCUUGGACGGAUUUGCUCUCCGCUGUGUGCUCGACCGGAAUCAUGUCGAGUUUGGCGGUGAGAGACCCAGCCAUGGAUCGUUCACUGCGCUCAGUGUUCGUGGGGAACAUCCCGUAUGAGGCGACGGAGGAGCAGUUAAAGGACAUUUUCUCGGAGGUUGGUUCGGUUGUCAGUUUCCGUCUCGUAUACGAUAGAGAGACAGGAAAGCCCAAGGGUUAUGGCUUCUGCGAGUACCAAGACCAGGAGACGGCGCUUAGUGCCAUGCGGAACCUCAAUGGGCGCGAAUUUAGUGGGAGAGCGCUUCGGGUGGACAAUGCUGCCAGUGAAAAGAACAAGGAGGAGUUAAAGAGCUUGGGCCCGGCAGCGCCCAUCAUCGACUCCCCCUAUGGGGACCCGAUUGAUCCAGAAGAUGCUCCAGAGUCGAUUACGAGAGCAGUCGCCAGCCUGCCCCCGGAGCAGAUGUUUGAGCUGAUGAAGCAAAUGAAGUUGUGUGUCCAAAACAGCCACCAGGAAGCGCGGAACAUGCUGCUUCAGAACCCACAACUGGCGUAUGCCCUGCUGCAGGCCCAGGUGGUGAUGAGGAUCAUGGAUCCAGAGAUUGCACUGAAAAUUUUGCAUCGCAAGAUACAUGUCACACCACUGAUCCCAGGCAAAUCUCAGCCUGGCCCUGGCCCUGGCCCAGGUGGUCCUGGCCCUGGCCCCGGCUCUGGCCCUGGCCCUGCCACUGCCCCUGGGCUCUGCCCGGGACCCAAUGUUAUGCUGAACCAACAGAAUCCUCCAGCCCCACAGCCUCAACAUCUGCCAAGAAGACCUGUGAAGGACAUUCCUCCUCUGAUGCAGACUUCUAUACAAGGAGGAAUUCCAGCUCCGGGACCAAUACCAGCCGCAGUUCCCGGACCUGGACCUGGUUCCUUAACUCCAGCAGGAGCAAUGCAGCCACAGGUUGGCAUGCCAGUGCCCUUAGAGCGAGGACAAAUGCAGAUGUCAGAUCCUAGACCUCCAAUGCCUCGUGGACCCAUGCCUUCUGGUGGCAUUCCUCCUCGAGGACUACUGGGAGAUGCUCCAAAUGACCCACGCGGAGGGACUUUGCUCUCAGUUACCGGAGAAGUAGAACCCAGAGGUUAUAUGGGCCCACCCCACCAAGGUCCCCCUAUGCACCAUGGUCAUGACAGCCGUGGCCCUUCCUCGCAUGACAUGAGAGGAGGACCAUUAGCAGCAGAUCCCAGAAUGCUAAUUGGAGAGCCCAGAGGUCCCAUGAUAGAUCAAAGAGGUCUACCUAUGGAUGGUAGAGGAGGUAGAGAGUCUCGAGGAAUGGAGACUCGACCCAUGGAAACCGAGGUCUUGGAGCCACGAGGAAUGGAGAGAAGAAUGGAGACCUGCGCAAUGGAGACCAGAGGGAUGGAAGCAAGAGGACUAGAGAUGAGGGGCCCUGGCCCUAGUUCCAGAGGCCCGAUGACUGGUGGAAUCCAGGGUCCUGGCCCCAUUAAUAUGGGGGCAGGUGGCCCUCAGGGACCUAGACAGGUUCCAAACAUUGCAGGAGUGGGAAAUCCUGGAGGUGGUAUGCAGGGGGCAGGCAUACAAGGAGCAGGGAUGCAGGGAGCAGGUAUACAAGGAGGAGGAAUGCAAGGAGCAAGCAUGCAAGGGGCAGGCAUGCAAGCAGGGAUGCAGGGAGCAGGCAUGCAAGCAGGGAUGCAGGGAGCUGGCAUGCAAGCAGGGAUGCAGGGAGCUGGCAUGCAAGCGGGGAUGCAGGGAGCAGGCAUGCAAGCAGGGAUACAAGGAUCGAGUAAGCAAGGUGGAGGCCAGCCUAGCAGUUUUAGCCCUGGGCAAAGUCAGGUAACUCCACAAGAUCAGGAAAAAGCAGCUUUGAUCAUGCAGGUUCUUCAGCUGACUGCAGAUCAGAUUGCCAUGCUGCCUCCCGAGCAAAGGCAGAGUAUCUUGAUUUUAAAGGAACAGAUCCAGAAAUCCACUGGUGCUUCUUGAAAGGCUUUUGGUUAGGAAGUACUUAGUUAUCCCUUCAGUGUUUAUUGUGUGGCAUGAAAAGUGGUGCAAAAAGCUGUCUUCUGUGUUCCCAUACUUUAAUGAUUGAAGGUUGCCCUCUCCCUGGACCUUAGUCCUAUUUCUAGUCUUUUUACUUUCUGUUUUCCUUUUUCUUUUUGAUUGAGGAUAGGGAGUGGAGGGAGUGGGCCUAUUCACUUUGUCACUUAACUCCACUAGAAACCCUGGAAAUGAGGACAGCAUACCAAAUAAGGUGGUAUAGGAAGAUACAGCAAUAAUAACAUGUCUGCACUCUGUUAGCUGUAUUUUAUAAAUAUUGAGUAAACUGGGAACUACAUUAAAAUUGAAAGUGGCCUGUUACAAUAUUGAUAGUUUAAAGAUUUUUGGCUGUAUAUUGAACUGAAUGUCAAACUGUGAAGAUACACUUUUUUUGGAAAACCGAAACACUUAAUUCUAUUUUAAAGGCAAUAGAGUACCGUAUUAAGGUUAAUAUUUUAGUUAUUUUUUGAAACAUUAGAGCUAAUAGUCUGUGGUAAAAUUUGUAGCAAAAAAAAAGUUUUUUUUUUUUUUUUUUUUUUUUUUUUUCCUUAGAGCUCUUAUGGGAAAACUCAAGAUGAUGCCUCAUUGAUCUAUCUGACCCUUCUGAAACUAUUAGUAUCCUUGCCUGGUCCCAACUGUGGUGGUUUUGCAGGACAGUUGUAGUGUGAACUGAGUUACAUAUAAGUCUCCUGAUGAGACUCAAGUUAUUGCUUAAUGCAUAGCUCAAAAAGAAAAACAGAAAAAUCUUAAGCCCCAAGUCUGGUUGUGAGUAAUUUUCUGACAUCAUCUAAAAGAAUCAGUCAGAAAAGGAGUCAGGCUUUCUUGAGUAGUGGGGGUUUCAUUCAGUAACUCUCCCAGGUUCUCAAUAAACCGCUCACCAUAUGGAUGCAAUCCAUUUGGUUGACAGGAAGUUAGAAAUCUUAGUCUUGACAUUUUGACAUGUCUUACAGUUUGAUUACUUUCAAUAACUACUUUCCUACAUCUUACUAGAACUGGGGCCCAUGUAGACCGACAGCUAUGCUCAGUUAACUUAAUAUUUUAUAUCUUACAUAAAAGCCAUUUGGUCAUAAUACACAUUCCUAUAAGAUAUAUUUUAAAAUAAGGAAUGUGGAGUUUAUUAUGUGUCCUUUAGAGCUAUUAUCUUGUUUUAGCUUUGAGUGUGUGGCACCUAGACAUUGUGUUAUAUUCAGUUAACAAAAGAAGCACAAGCUCCCAUAUGGCCAAGUGACCUUCCUCUGUAGGUUAAUAAACACCCAGCUGCUGAGCAAAGAGUAACCCUUAGGGAGAGCUGACACAAAGGGUUGUCCCCUUGCAGAGUUCUUGAAUUUUAAGUGUACAAAGUUUUCAUCCCUAGGCUAUUUUCCUACGAUUUAGUUGUUCUGUGCUAGUGUUAAGCUUCCUGUGUUUCCUCUGCCUCCUCUCUGCUGGAGUGGAUUAGUGUUCGUACUUUUGUGCUAGUUCUGGCUAAUUCCAAUUGCUUGUUUCUUUUAAAAUUGUAGUUGCUAACCCCAAACUUCUCACUGACUAAUCAAAACAGUGUUUGUUAUAAGAAAGUCUCUGUACUGUUUAAUAAAGCUUAAAUAAAAAAGUUGUAUGAUUAAGGUA